CUCUCCUCUUUCUUCUACCGCGUCGCGCAAGCCACUUUCGAGUUGCUUCCUCCGCUCGCAGAUCGCCGCUAUACGACCCCGUUUUCGUUAUUUUUGCGCCGUGAUUAACAUAUCUCACACAGAUACAGGUUUCGAUCCACCGCAGAAUGUCGCGUCCGCCCGGACCUCCACCUUAUACCGCCGAGGAGAUUGCUCUUCUGAGCACGCCGGAGGCAAAAUUCAAGGCGCAGGCAGAGCUUCGAAGCUACAUCAUAGGCCACAAGCUGGCAGAUCUUCGUGAGCAGGGUCUCUUGGGCUCUCCCAACUCCAACUUCACGAACACCAACAAUGGUGCCACCGUCGGUUUCCGGCGCGAUUCUACCCCCUACUUCAGCGACACACCCAACGCAGACUCGAGCGACGACCACCCGUCACCUCCCGGUGGCAAUGUUGGGCCUCAACGUGUGCGCUCGCGCAAUGGAGAGAGGAGGGGUCACACCGGUUACGAACCAUACUCGGCUUCCCAGCAUGCGAGGUCGAAUCGUGGUAAUCGCUCGGCCGCUUGGAACGAAAUCAACACUAGAAGCAACCGGUUCAUCGGCUCGAUUGAGCCGUGCCCGAACUUCACAGCAACAGGAAAAUGCACUCGUCACAAGUGCCCUGAUGUACACGAUGUCCGCAAGGUAGCUCUCUGCAAACGAUUCUUGUACAAAAACGUUUGCACAAAGGACACACUGUGCUCGUUAUCUCACGAUGCCAGCUCCAGCAACACACCGCAUUGUCUCUACCACCUGGAAGGCAGAUGCACCAACUCACCGUGCAUGUUUAUCCAUGCCAACAUCGACCCAAAUGCUCCAGUUUGUGGGUCAUUCGGGAGGCUUGGUUACUGCGUGGCAGGAGAGGCUUGCUCCUGCCUGCACGUCUACGAGUGUCCAGAGUUUGCUAACAACGGCUCUUGUGCCGAGGGCACUUCAUGUCCUCUGCGGCACGUCCACAAUGCCUCUCGCAUGAAGGCAGCCACGCUUGGUUCCUCCGGCGUUGCAUCACCAGAGACCACCGCGAAUGACGAGGAAUAUAUCGGAGACAUGAGAGGUGGUGCAAGCUCUCCCGACAAAACCGAAACUCAUGCGAUCACACAGCAACACGACUACGUUGCUUUCGAGUCCCAGGACUAAGCCGAUCUCAUCGAUUCCCAGGAUUCUGCCGGCGCCCCUGUAUACAUGCUUUUGCGUUCCUGACUAU